AUCCUAUUUUAUCUGAUGGACUGAGCUGCAGCUAAAGCAUCAGUCUACGAGUGGAAGCGGAAGACACUUAACAAGAUGUGAACAGGUACAGACUGCGACUAUCUCCAGGUUCCCAAAGGUGCUACUCAUGGUCAGUUCACCAUGUGUGUCUCUUUUGUCAUCUUUGGUUGCCUGGCGUUUGGGAGCCUUCCUUUAUUUUGCUUAUCCUGUCCAUCUCAGUGCAGCUGUACAUUCCACUCCCUCAGCGAUGGAUCUAAAUCAAGGGAAGUACUAUGUAAUGACCCUGAGAUGACCUUAACACCAGUGAACAUUCCAACUGACACUUUUAAACUUCGCAUAGAGAAGACAUCUAUCAGACGUGUUCAAGGAGAAGCUUUCCACCUACUCUCCAACCUUGAGUUUCUCUGGAUGCCCUAUAAUUCAGUGUUGAGUUUGAGUGUGGUCACAUUGCGAGGCCUCCGUAAACUCCAAGAACUUAGAUUGGAUGGAAAUGACCUCACAUCCUUUCCUUGGGAAUCUCUUGCAAGCACACCCCGAUUAAGGCUACUUGACUUGCACAACAAUGAACUGUCCUCUAUACCUAAAGACGCAGCUCGCUACAUGAAAAACAUAACUUACCUGGAUUUGUCCAGCAAUAAACUCCUGACACUUCCCCAAGAACUUAUUGCCUCCUGGCUUAACCUCCAUUCUGCAUCAUAUUUUUCAAUUGACCAUUCCACUCUGAUCCUUGGUCUGCAGGACAACCCUUGGUUAUGUGAUUGCAGCCUGUAUGAAAUGGUCCAUUUUCUCAACUUCCCAUCCCCAUCUGUAGCAUUCAUAGAGCCACGCCUAAAGUGCUAUUCACCACGCAGCCUUGCCGGAGUACAAUUCCAUCAAGUGGAGUUAAGGAAAUGUCAGAGUCCUGUAAUUCACACCUCUGUUGCGAAGCUCAAAACAAUGAUUGGCAGCACAGUCUUACUACGAUGUGGCACCGUAGGCAUUCCGAUUCCAGAACUAAGUUGGAGAAAAGCUGAUGGGAACCAAAUAAAUGGAUCAGUGCACCAAGAAAUUUCAAGUGAUGGUAUGAGUUGGUCCAUGCUAAACUUGCCUACAGUUAACUACAAAGAUUCUGGAGAGUAUAUAUGUAAAGCUAGAAAUAACAUGGGAAUGGCAGAAGCCUUCAUUUCUGUUCUAGUCACUGACUCCAACACAACUGAUGAGCCAAAUGACAGCGGAAAAUAUCAGUCUACAGAGGAGAACAUUGGAAUGCAGAAAUUUAAAGUUAGUGGAAGUCGAGUGCAGGACAAUGAGCUACAGAAUAUAAAUCCUAAUUCUGUUCUGAAACAAGACAUCAAGGAUCCAGGCAAUAUCAUGCUCAGUUCACCAACAAAACAGCCAGAGACAGAAAGGAUGGUUAGAGGACUUAAAGUUAUAGGUGAUACCGACCACAGUGUGUCUCUUGCUUGGAAAGCUCCUCUUGCCAAAAAUGUUACAGUGUUCAGUGUUCUGUAUGCAAUCUUUGGAGAGCGAGAAAUGCGUAGGAUUAAUGUGGAGCCUGGCAAGACAAAAAUUACAAUUGAUGGUCUAAUACCCAAAACGAAAUACAUUGCAUGUGUUUGUGUAAAAGGUCUUGUACCUAAGAAGGAACAAUGCAUCAUCUUCUCUACAGAUGAAGCUGCUAGUGCUGGAGGGACUCAGAAACUUAUUAAUGUAGUGGUGAUCAGUGUGGCCUGUGUCAUUGCUGUCCCUUUAACCCUGGUGGUCUGCUGUGGAGCUUUGAAAAGAAGAUGUAAAAAGGGGCUUGGUCGGAAAUCUAAAGACAUACAAGACUCCUAUGUGACAUUUGAAAGUCUUGCAACCAGCUCUAAAGCCAAGGCAACUGAAGGAGAAUAUUUGACGCGACAUAAUCUGGAUGAAUCAAACAGGCUGCUGUCUGCACGGUCUAGUGUAGAUUCUGAAGCAAUACCAAAACCAGAAGGCCAGCCUAAUGAGUUUUUUUGCUGAUACAGACUGUCAUAUGUAUGAAAUGUGUUCAUAUACAGAAGAGUAUAUCCACCAUGUGCCCAAAAUGUGUAGAACAUUAUUAUUAUUAGUUGUGUCCUAUAUCUGCAUUUAUGAACUAAUCAAAGAGACGAAACACAGAGAUUCCCCAAUGCUUAGUCAUAGGUCUCGGUCACAUGGCCGUCUGUCCCCAUAAAUUUCCUCCCGUCUGCUGUCCCGUUCAAGGCUUUUUCUAACGGCUUUUUUUUACAAUCCUUUGUCAGCCGUUUGCACCCAUUUGGUUUCCUUUCCAUUAUUUUUUUGCAGGAAAAAAGCCGGUACAUGCAGUAUUUUUUCUCCCGUCAAAGAUAACGGAAUAGAAACGGAUAUGUGAACCUAGCUUUAGCAACGAAAGGAAAACAUGCAAAUAAGUAAAGGGAUCAAAAGUAAAAUGGAAAGAUUCCACAUAAUGUAAUAGAAAAAUAUAAUAAUGUAUGCAUGGCCCUUUGCAUUUUAUAUUGCCCUCAAAUGAAUGAUCUCAUCUAGUCUUUCAUCGAGAACUCAUGGCUUAUUAAGAUUCAUAUUACCUUAAAUGUGUAACAACCAGAACAUUCUCAAAUGUUAAUAAAGAUUUGUGUAUAGGGUCAGCAGUGUGCUGAUUCCGAAUAUACUGUAAAUCACCUGUCUUUCUCUAAUGGAAUAUGGUGAUAAUAUUUCCUUAAUAAUUGGGUAAUCUCCUGGAAAGGUAUAACUACCAGUUCCUCUCUGUUGAUGUAAAACUAUGGUAGUGAAUUUAUAGAAACUGGACUCAUUUCUAUUCUUUGUGUUUAUCUUGACUUUUUGUGUUGUGUGCACAUAAUCAUUGUUAGUG